AUGAAUAAACUUUGUAUUCAAAUUGUUUUAUUUCUUUUAAGUAUCUCCGUAUGCGUGAAUACUGAAACCCUUGCAACUGAACCUUCCCAAAAAAAAAAUACAAAAUCCAAAUCAAAAAAAAAUACAAAACCCAAAUCAGAACAACUUUAUCUUACUCCAGAAGAAAUAUAUGAAAAAAACAAGGACCUAUUAUGUAACAAUCCCGAAGAAACUAUACAAGCAGAAAAACUUAUGACCGAUGCUGUAUCAAAAUUAGAAUAUCAUGCUACAAAUAAACAUGGUUAUAGGUUCUAUACAGAAUGUAGUCCUUAUAAUAUGACUUCUUAUAUAAAAAUAUAUCGAGAUUGUGCAUGUAUUGAAAAAAUUCAAUAUAAAAUUAAUUCUCCAAAAAAGUAUAAUAAAAUAAUAAACAAGUAUUGGAAUCCCGAUAGUGACAGUUUUUUUUAUAUAGGCUCGGUUAAAAGAAAAAUUGCUCGUGUGUACACUCCAAAUUUAGUAAUAAUACAACAACGUUCCAAAACACACCCAUGGUCUCGUGAGAAAUAUUUUUAUGCUUUAGCUGCAAAAUUUGAAAUAUCAGAAAACAAAACUAUAAUUGUCAUGACUUCGGCAAAUAUAAAUGAUCACAACAGUAAAAAUAAGAAACCCUUUGAAAACACAAUAGUAAAAAGCGCAAAUUUAUUCAAAACUGACAUUGAUUCUGAAAAUGAUAUUAGAAAUGGAAAAUUAAAAAAAACGGUUGUUAACAUAAUGGGAUACGUUAUUGAAAAAAAAGAAGAAUAUCUUGAUAUCACCUAUGUCGAAUCUAUUGGUCGCUAUGUUCCCAGUUACUUAAACCGCAUUAUUAGGAAAGCUUCAAAUUGUUUUUCCCCUCAUAAAUAA